AUGCCAAGCGACGACCCCUUCACCAGUUUUUUCCAUCGCCUCAAGCAGCAGGUUGAUGAACAGAUAGGAACUGCCCUCCAGGGCGCGUUGGGCCUGCCAACGGUUCUCUCCAAGACCAUGAACACCCAGUGGAUGGACCCUCCUGCAACCACGUUCAACACAUCCCCCGACAGCAACACUGGCGUCACUGAGGCGGCGGAACGACGUGGAGUGAGCCGUGACCCAGCACGUGGUCCCGCGAACCCCAAUUCCACGUCCUGGUUAGCCUUCUUGGUGGACCCCGAAGUGCUUGCAGAGACCCUCUACCAGAGCCUCUGGAUCUCGUUCCUCGUCGAUUCGCCUCACUCACCACUGAAGUUGCGUGGCCUCCGUCAGCCGGUACCCUCAGAUUUGCCCGAGGGAGCCGACCCUCGCCUCUUCGGCUUCGAGGACGCCUUUGAAGAUCUCCUCAUGGUCAGCAGUGGACAAGGCCUGCCCGACAUUCGAGAGAGAUGCGAGCUGAAGAAGGAAUGGAACCGGCUGUACCCCCAGGGUCUCCCGCCUGUGCUGUGGCUCCAUCAGCUCUGUCGACAAGGACUGUGGGACGGCUGGGAACCGAGACCAGCUUCGUUGGAGGAUAUGAUCAGUGAGAGGUGGCGUCGUUGGCUUGCGGCACAGGACGAUCGUUUCGAGGAUAAGUCUGUCACCAAGGACGACGACCAACAGCCAAAGGAGACCAGGGCCGCAAAUCCCUCCGACAGUCCCCUGACCGAGUCGACUGCGGCUCGCCCCUCUUCAGGGACGGAGGAAACGGAAGAAGACGCCUACGAUACCAUCGUAGGUCGUCAAAACCCCCGAGGUAUCGAGGCACACUUGGAGGAGCUGAUGAAGGCCUUUGCGUUCGUCGAUGACCAGAGCAGAGAAGGCAACGGGCGCGAAGUCCGUAGCACCAGUCCACGCGAAUUACCAGAGGGAUGGCGGGUCGAUGAAACGGUUCAGGAACAGAAGGAUGUCAACGGCAACACCAAGACUACAAGGACCAGCAUCACUUACGACGAGCAAGGCAGAGAGGUCGGCAGAGAAACGGAAACGCGCUCUCACUACUCGUGGUCCGCUACUCGCAGCGCUCACGAAAAGGGGCAUGGAGAGAACUCGGAUAACCACAAGAAUGAAACAGGAACCACGGAUCAGGGUUGGUUCUGGAAGUGA